AUGGGUGACGCAGCUGUCGAUCCAGAUAUUAUAAAACGUACUCAAGAUACUCUUGGUCAAGUAAUUAAUGCGCCAGCAUUAACUGAAAAACUUCUUAGUCGACCACCAGUACAGUUUCUUCAAGAUAUUGUUAAAGGAGUUGUAAAAAAAACAGAUUUUCUUCAAGGAUUAUAUAAUGAUGAAGAACUUACACCAGCUUAUCUCAAAGAAAGUCGUGAUAAUAAAACAUUAUUUAUGAAAAAACUUGUUACGGCUGUUUAUAUUGCUGUUAAACGAGCACCAGAUGUACGUGUAUCAAAAAUAUUAGCUGGUCAAGAAGCCGAUAAAACAAAUCUUUUAUUACAAGCACUUGCUGAAGCAAUUAAUGCUAAUGUUGAUAAUCGAGAAGUUGUUCGAAAAACUUUACAAAGCUUAGGUGAAUCAAAUGAAAAUGAAGAACCAGCCCGAAAUCAAGAUCAAGAACAAUCAGAUAAACGUUCAUCAAAAGGUGAACGUUCAAGUAAAUCUCGUGAUCGUGAAGAACCCACACCCGAGAAAAAAUCUAGUUCAAGAGAUCAUAGUAAAGAUAAAGGAGAUGCAGAUGGAAGUGGUCAUUCAAAGAAACGACGAGGUUCUCGAGCACCUGAAGAUAAUGCUCAUGAAGAGAAAAAACCAACAAUUAUACAAAGACAAGAUGAUGAUGAUGACAAUGAUAAAAGAGAUGAUGAUGAAUCAAAAGGUCGUCGACCAAUACGACCAACAUCAGCUAAAGGUACAAGAAAACAUCAAGAUAAUGGUAGUCAUCAACGAGCAACAUCUCCUAAAACUGAACAACCAUCACGACAUCCUCCAACACUUGUGUCAAAUGAUCGUGAUGAUAAUGAUGGACCUUUAGUUCGACCAACUACUGCAGCUAAAAGGAAUAAAUUAGUAACACAAACAUCUUCUGAUGAAAUGGCUGGAACAUCUGGACGAACACCUAGUGGAGCUCAACGUGGUCAAGGAACUUUAAUUAUUGAAAGCACAAAAACUCGUGAUAAUGAUGUAAACAAUGACAAUGAUGAUGAUGAUGACGAUAAUUUCUUAAUACAAGAAGAAAAACCAUCAGCAACAAAAUCAUUUAAACAAGAUGAUUUUGAUAGUCGUGAUGGUGGCACUGGAGAUCAAGAUGAUGAUGAUGGUGCUCAACAUGGUGCACUUGUAACAAAAAUGAUGAAUUCAAAAAAGAACUUAGAACAUGGUAGUGAAAUAGCUGGACAAAAAGCUGAUGUGAAAACUAUUACACAAAAUGAUGCUCAACGUCGACGUGAACGUGAAAAAAUUCAAAAAGAUGUUGAUAAACUUCGUGAAACAAUUCAAUCGCUUACAAAAAGUGUUGUACCAUUAGGUAAAAUACUUGAAUAUCUUCAAGAAGAUUAUGAAAUGAUGGCUAAAGAAAUGCAACAUUAUACGGAUGAAUAUAAAAGAACGAUUGUUGAUUUAAGAAAGGAAAAAUUUACAACUGAUCAAAGUCUUGAACCACUUCGAGCUGCUUUACUUGAUUUUGAUGAUCAAAUAGGCGAUAUGAAAAAUCGAAUUAUAUUUAUGAAGAAAAAAAUUAAUACUACUGAAAAAGCAAAUGGUGAGCGGCUUCUUAAAAUUAUUGGUAAAAUCAAAUAA